AUGGGUCUCGCAGGCCCCAGGAAUAAGCAACGUAUCGGGCUGGACCCGCAGAACAAGGGCUGGAAAGAUGACAAAAACAAAUUCGGUCACAAAAUGAUGGAGAAGAUGGGGUGGACGGAAGGCAAAGGUCUCGGUGCCAACGAAGACGGUCAUACCGACCACGUCAAAGUGCGUUUGAAGGAAAACAACCUCGGUAUCGGCGCCGACAGACGGACAGUGGACAAUUGGCUUGACAAUAACAGUGCUUUCGACGCUCUGCUCAAAGGGCUAAACGACGGUGCUGAGGAAACAACCGAGGUUGCAGAAGUGAGGAAGGUGGAGGAGACGGAAGUGGAGGAACAACCCAGGACGACGGUGGCCCACGGACGGCUCUAUCACCGCAAGAAGUUCCUCCGCAAUAAACUCGUCAGCAACUACGACGCAAAAGAUCUCAGCAUGAUUCUCGGCGUCAAACCCACCGAAACCGCGUCUCCAUCCACCGCCGUCAGCGAGACAACCACCACUUCUGUCACCGCCGCAAACUCGGGUUACAACACCCCACUUCAGGCGGACCCAUUACUCUCCGUUGCCGGUAAAACCGUCCACGACUACUUUGCGCAGAAGAUGGCUGCGAUGGGCCUGUCAAAUCUUACAGCAGGCACUGCUGCACAACCGGUUAGCAGGGUGGAGGAAGAUCUGGACGAUUAUGACGCUCCACCGGUUUUGGGAGGGUUGGGGCUUGGCGCAUCCGAAAACACCACAAUGACUACCACUACAUUGUUGACGUCGUCGCAGGGGCUCAGUGCCUUUGUGAAGAAAGUGGAUGUGAGUUUCACCGAAACGCUGCUAAAGAGUAGUACAGAGGGAGGGGAAAGCGAAAAGAGGGCCGAGAAAAAGGCGAAGAAGGAAAGGAAAGAGAAGAAGCGGAAAGACAGAGACGAAACUUCCUCUCCUGAGGUGGAGGAGGCUGAACCAUCACCAAGGAAGAAAAAGGCGAAUAAGCAAAAGAAGGACAAGUCUGGCAAAAAGUCCUCCGCGACUACGGAGGAGGAACGCGCAUCACCAUCACCAUCCUUAGCAGACACUUCCAGCGUAGUAUCCGAGUCGAAAAAGGACAAGAAGAAGCGGGAGAAGAAGGAGAAGAAGGAGAGAAAGGAGAAGAGGGUGGAAGCCUCGGUUGAGGGCGAGGUUGAGGUCGCAAUACAUGCACCAGCAAAGAAGUCGAAAAAGGACAAGAAGGAAAAGAAGAAAUCAUCCUGCUCCACCGACCCCUCAACGACAACAGAAUCAACGGCGGAACCAGCACCGAAACAGAAGACGAAGAAGCGGAAAGCGGAAGCCGAGGUGGUUGACGCGAGUGGUGGGGAGCAAGUAGCAAAGCAGAAGAAGAAGAACAAGAAGUAG